UACUCGAAUACUUCAAGCUCUGGAAGCUACACAUGGCUUCCCUGAUCAGUUCCCUUCUAGUUGUUAGCAUAUUGCUGGCUGUUGCUCGACUCUCAGCGGCAAGCACUACAAGGCACUACAAGUUCGACAUAACGAUGCAGAAGGUAACGAAGCUCUGCAAGAGCAAGAGCAUUGUGACGGUCAACGGACAGUUCCCCGGGCCGAGGAUCGUCGCGAGAGAGGGCGAUCGCAUCGUAGUCAAGGUGGUCAACCACGUACGGUACAACAUCACUAUGCACUGGCAUGGGAUAAGACAAUUAAUGAGUGGCUGGGCUGACGGCCCAGCGUACAUCACUCAGUGCCCCAUCCAAACGAGCCAGACCUACGUCUACAACUUCACCGUAACGGGCCAGAGAGGCACGAUGUGGUGGCACGCCCACGCGUCCUGGUUACGGGCCACGGUUUACGGCCCACUCAUCAUCCUUCCUAAAACCGGCGGCAGUCCUUAUCCCUUCCCGAAACCUCACAAGGAAAUCCCCAUCAUCUUCGGUGAGUGGUUUAAUGCGGACCCGGAGGCUAUUAUAUCCCAAGCUCUCCGAACUGGUGCCGGCCCAAAUGUGUCCGAUGCUUUCACUAUUAAUGGGCUUCCUGGGCCUUUUUAUAAUUGCUCGAAAAAAGAUACGUUUAAGCUGAAGGUGAAGCCGGGGAAGACGUACCUGCUCCGUCUCAUCAACGCCGCACUCAACGACGAGUUCUUCUUCAGCAUCGCCAACCACAGCCUCACCGUCGUCGAGACCGAUGCCUCCUACGUCAAGCCCCUCGACGUCGACGUCGUCCUCGUCACGCCGGGGCAGACCACGAAUGUCCUCCUCCGCACCGCCUCAGCCGCUCCAAACGCCUCCUUCCUCCUCGCCAUUCGUCCGUACGCCACCGGCCAGGGCACCUUUGACAACACCACCGCGGUCGGCAUCCUGGAGUACCAAAAUUCGAAUGGGAGGUCGAGUUUGAAAAAUAUCCCGCUCUUUAAGCCAAAGCUUCCCGCCCUCAACGACACGGCGUAUGCCGCGAACUACUCCGGGAGACUCCGCCGCCUUGCGGAUGCAUGGCACCCGGUGGACGUUCCGCAGGCUGUGGACCGGCGCUUCUUCUUCACGGUCGGGCUCGGGGCUGACCCGUGCCCCAAGAACCAGACCUGCCAAGGGCCCAACGGGACCAAGUUCGCCGCGUCGAUCAACAACGUCUCGUUCACGAUGCCGACGACCGCGCUGCUGCAGGAGCACUACCAGCGGCGGCCACACGUGUACCGGGCGGACUUCCCGGAGGAGCCUCUAUUUUUCUACAAUUUCACGGGGACGCCGCCCAACAACACGUUUGUGGAGCACGGGACGCGGGCGGUGCGGUUACCGUUUAACACUAGUGUGGAGGUGGUGCUGCAGGGGACCAGCGUGCUGGGGGCGGAGAGCCACCCAAUGCACCUCCAUGGGCACAACUUCUACGUGGUCGGUCGGGGGUUCGGAAAUUUCGACCCGGUCGACGACCCGAGCCGGUUCAAUUUGGUUGACCCCGUGGAGAGGAACACUGUGGGCGUGCCAGUUGGGGGAUGGCUGGCCGUCCGGUUCAGGGCUGAUAAUCCGGGUGUCUGGCUAAUGCACUGCCAUAUCGACGCACACCUCAGCUGGGGGCUGAGAAUGACGUGGGUGGUCGACGAUGGACCCCUCCCAAACCAGAAGCUUCCUCCUCCGCCAUCAGAUCUCCCAACAUGUUGAUCUGCACCGUCCACGUAGAUGAAUAAAAUUGAAUAAACUUUUUUGAAGUUUUUGGUUUCUGUCAUCUUUCAGUGUGCGCAUGCUCACAACUUGUUGUGAUUUUGACUUUUCGAUCGUUAUUUCGAUGGCUGUUCAUAUGAAUAAAAUUGAUAUGUUAUACAUGCUUCUAUCCAGGUCGUGAA